CUUCGCUCUUCUUGACUGCAUACACCAUCAACUGCUGUGGUAUAUUUUAUCUAUGCGCCAGGUCUGCAUGUAUUUGCUCGGGAUCCCUUAGAUAGCUAUUCUUUGUUCUGUUCUUGUUGGGUCGGUUUAUUAUCCCAACAUGGAAAAUGCCAUAGCGGCUAAUGUUUUGGGAACCCUCGGAGCGGUGUGCUGGUCCGUUCAGCUAAUCCCGCAGAUAGUUGUAAACUACCGCCGUCACAACACCGUCGGCCUCCAGCCGUCCAUGAUGAUGCUCUGGGCCUGGGCUGGCGUUCCCCUAGGCGUCUACAACAUCACCGAGGACUUCAACGUCGCCUUGCGCAUUCAGCCACAGAUCCUGACCCUGCUAAGCCUCGUCACCUGGGCUCAGUGCUGCUACUACGACUGGAAACACUGGUCCUUGAACCGUUGCGUGGCUGUCGUGGUGCCCCUGGCCGCCUUCAUGACCGCCAUCCAGGUCGCUCUUAUCUUCGCCCUCCGCUCCGCCCGGGACGAGGCGCAUCUGACCUGGCCAUCGACCCUAAUGGCCGCCCUCUCCGCCGCCCUGCUGGCAGCGGGCGUACUGCGCCACUACUGGGACGUCUAUCUGCACCGGUCCGUCCGCGGGAUAUCCUUCAUCUUUGUCGGCAUCGACGCCGCCGGCGACCUGUUCUCGUUGCUGUCCGUCUUCUUCCAGCCCAAGCUCGACAUCCUGGGCAUAGUCAUCUAUGGCACGGAGCUGUCGCUGUGGCUUGGUCUUUUUGCGGCGGGCGGGUACUUCAACCUUAAACCGUGGGCUAAAAGGAGAUUCGGUUCCUUGGACCCAGCUUCUAUCCGCGGCUCUUCGUCUGAUACGCCGACUGAUGCUGAGGCAGAUGGGCAAGGAGAUGGUGGCGGUGGCGGUAUGAUGCUUCACAACAUGCCUUCUUCGACCUCGGUGUUUCGAACAGCAUCUUGUGAUGUCCCCGGAAAUUCAGGUGGGCCGGCCAUUCUGUUCAACUAA